GCGGUCAUUGAGAAGAGGCAAGAUGGCAGCCGCGGCGGUGGCUGAGUUUCAAAGAGCCCAGUCUCUUCUCAGCUCAGACCGGAAUGCAUCUAUUGAUAUUUUACAUUCAAUAGUAAAGCGGGACAUCCAGGAGAGCGAUGAGGAGGCGGUGCGUGUCAAAGAGCAGAGCAUCCUGGAGCUGGGUGGUCUGCUGGCUAAGACGGGCCAGGCUGCAGAGCUGGGUGGUCUCCUGAAGUAUGUGCGGCCGUUCCUGAAUUCCAUCAGCAAGGCCAAGGCGGCGCGGCUGGUGCGCUCGCUGCUGGACCUGUUUCUGGACAUGGAGGCAGCUACAGGCCAGGAGGUGGAGCUGUGUCUGGAGUGCAUCGAGUGGGCCAAGGCUGAGAAGAGGACAUUCCUCAGACAGGCCCUGGAGGCUCGUCUCAUCUCUCUGUAUUUUGACACAAAGCGGUAUCAGGAGGCGCUUCAUCUAGGCACCCAGCUGCUCCAGGAGCUGAAGAAGAUGGAUGACAAGGCCCUGCUGGUGGAGGUGCAGCUGCUGGAGAGCAAGACGUACCACGGCCUCAGCAACCUGCCCAAGGCCCGCGCCGCCCUCACCUCUGCACGCACCACCGCCAACGGCAUCUACUGCCCGCCCAAGCUACAGGCCGCCCUGGACAUGCAGUCAGGGAUCAUCCACGCGGCAGAGAAGGACUGGAAGACGGCCUACUCUUACUUCUACGAGGCCUUCGAAGGCUACGACUCCAUCGACCACCCCAGAGCGAUCACCGCUCUCAAAUACAUGCUGCUCUGCAAAAUCAUGCUCAACCUUCCUGAGGAGGUCCAGGGUCUUGUCAGUGGAAAGCUAGCCCUGCGGCACGCCGGGAGACAGACAGACUCUCUGAAAUGCGUGGCACAAGCCAGCAAGAACCGGUCGCUGGACGAUUUUGAAAAGGCCCUUACAGAGUACAGAGGGGAGUUGAGAGACGACCCCAUCAUAAGCACACACUUGACCACGCUCUAUGACAACCUGCUUGAACAAAACCUCAUCCGUGUCAUCGAGCCUUUCUCCAGGGUCCAGAUAGAACACAUUUCCACCCUCAUAAAACUCUCCAAGGGAGAUGUCGAGAGGAAGUUGUCACAGAUGAUUCUGGACACAAAAUUUCACGGUAUUUUGGACCAAGGCGAGGGUGUGCUGAUCAUCUUUGAUGAUCCUGCAGUAGACACGACGUACGAGGCGGCCCUGGAGACCAUUCAGAACAUGAGCAAAGUGGUGGACUCACUCUACAACAAAGCCAAGAAGCUCACAUAGAGGAGACCACCUGUACCCCAGCACAGAGCGUGUCUGGCCAGUUUGUGAAGCACUCCGGGGAGAGGAGAGAGAGUGGGGUGUUCGGACUCAAACAACCCAGCAAGCAAAUAAACCAACCGACCAACCCACAAACUGACAGGGCUAGGCUGUCGUCGUCCCAACCCCCCCACCCCUCUUCAAUUCAGACUGGGUACAUUUCCCCCCAACGGACAUUAUAACUACUGGUAUCUCCAUCACAAGUUUCUAUGUUCCUCGGUGUCCCCCUCCUCCCCUCCUUGCCAACCAUCAGGGAAUCUUGUAAAAAAAAAGAACAAUAAAGAAACCGAAACAUAUACAUAACAUGUAUGAUACAUAUAGGUCUCUGAAAGAGUGUAAUUGGGGGGGGGCUCACACUGCCUAAAGGUUCAGUUCUGUUGCAAACAACCUCUGGCCAUAUCCCCCCUCGCCCCAACACACACACCCACACACGGCAACCUGUGUCUGCUGGCUUUGGGCCAGAGUGGACAGAGAAAAAGGACCCCUGUCCCUGGGAACACGCCACAGGAAAAGGACACAGUCAUCGCCAUACUGUUUUAUAGUUCCUAGACCUGGGUUAAUAUAUUGUUUGAAAAUCGUUCAAGUACUGAGAGUUUGUUUUAUCCUGCCUGGGGUGCCAGGAGGGUGUGGCAUUCCUUUUUGGGACUUUUCUACUGGUUCCAUUUCAACAGGCAAGCUCAAUCGAGAACAGAUAAAGUACCUGAUAUGAUCUCUAAUAGUAUUUCAAUCCAGGUCUAAUUGUUUCCCUCCCUGCCUCCAAUUCCAGUUUGUACAUAAUGUUGCCAGGCGUCUCUCUCUGUCCAUGUCAGGCCUGUCAUGCUAACACCCCUCCACCCAUCCCCUUUUUAUUAUAACGCUAAACGAGAAUGAAAGAAGCCCCCAGCGUGCUUUUGUGAGUGGUGGUGGUGGUGACGAUUGUGACUGGCUGACUGACGGGGAGAGUGAGUUGGUUGUUAAUUCCUCAUGUAUACAAACGACUGGGGCUCGUUUGCUGAAAAAUAUAAAAGCUGUAAGGUUUGAGGACUACUUUUUGCAAGGACACCUAAUCGACCAUUUCCCAUAUGACAUAGAUAAAAGACAAGUGCUAAUAAAUAUGUUGAAUGUCACGGCUUAAUUUUCUGUUUGAAGGAACUAAACUAGAUGGACUGUUA